CAUAAACAAAUACAUUAAUAUGAAAUAUUACUACGAACAUGGUAGGAAACAUCUUCGUAAUUAGUAAGCCAAUGGGAGGACCAAUAGUCCAAUACAUAUACACUCAUGUCUCUGUAAUAUUAUAAAAUAACAAAAAGAUAGUUUUCGUUUGUGUGUAUUAUCCUCUUUGUUUUGGGAAAAGAUAAGAAUUUGUCCUCUGCCUGCGUAAUCAAUCAAUCUAUAUAGAGAAAAGUUGAGAGAGAAUCAACCAUGGCAAAGGCUUUGAAUGACGAUCCCGUUUAUGUUGCAGUCAGCCAAGACGUUGGUGAAAGUCGAUCCACUUUGUUAUGGGCUUUGAGGUCUCUCCGUGUCAAGAAGCUCCACCUUCUUCACGUUCACCACCUGAUUUCCAUGACCCCUUCAUCAAGUGGGCUUGAACAAAGUGAGAUCGAUGCAAUCCAGGAGUCGGAACAAACAAGUAUAAGUGACAGCCUUCUCAAGUACCAUGAUAUCUGCAUAGAUGAAGGAGUUAUUGAACAAGAUGUGGAUAUGUCAUAUUUUUCAGCAAAUAAUGUGGGGGAAUGGAUUGUGGAACUUAUCUAUCAAAACAAUAUCAAGAAGCUGAUCAUGGGAGCAACUGCUGAUUCCCAUUACCCUGAGGACAUGGUUCAUAUAACAUCUACAAAUGCUGAGUAUGUGAUUCGACACGCACCUCAUUGCUGUAAAAUAUGGCUUGUUUGUAAUGGCGACCUCAUCCAAACGAGGGAGGGACGCUUUGAACUUGCAGGUUCAUCGUACUCCUACUCUGAAUCCUCAAGCAGCGUUCAUAGCCUUGAUUCUGCUUUGAUUCCUUAUGGGGGAGCAGGAAGAGCUGAAUGUGUCACUGAGCCACAUCCCCUGUCGUCAUCUGAAGAACGAUCAGCUAGUGGGGUUGAGACGAUGUAUUACGAGGCGCAGAGACAGCGAUUAGAAAUUGAGGAACUAAAGAGAGAAAAGGAGCAACGCGAUAAGAUGAGGUGUGAAAGGGAGGAAGCUCUCACAAGUUCCUUUGGUGUCACUCAGAAACUGUACAGUGAAGAAGUAAUUCGCAGGAGAGAAGCAGAGGCGGAACUAAACAGAUCGAAAGCAGAAAUUGAAGAUAUGAAAAGGGUCCAAAAGGAACACGAAGAACAGCAUUAUACUGAUUGUCGUCUGUUAGAAUUGAUCCAGAAAGAGCGAGACGAAGCUAUAAAAACAUGUGAAGAGCUUUUGAUACAUCUAAACCUGGAUAAGGCCAUGUCAUCAUCACAUUCACCAUCAUCCCCGUUGCAAUGGUCUCUUUCCGACGAGCCUCCCCAAUGUUUCCUAUGUCCCAUUUCAAAGGAGAUUAUGCAUAAUCCUCAUGUUGCAGCCGAUGGUCACACCUAUGAAGCAGAGGAAUUCAAAAGGUGGCUCCGUCACGGAGGUGAAAAAUCACCGAUGACAAACCUUAGGCUCGAGAAUGACAAUCUCACCCCGAAUCUUGUUCUUCGUUCAGCCAUUAGAGACUGGUUGCAACGGCACCCAUAUUUCUAUGAUUCGUCUUAGGAUAUAUAUGAUGCUGAUUGUGUUGUGUGAUUCAUUGAAUGUGUUAAAAUUUAAUAAAAAGUCCUUUAUUCA